AUGGCCACCGAGAAGAAGGAGAAGCUGGAGCCUCAAAUCAAGUCCGUCGAUAUGACGGAGGAGAUGCAGCAAGAGGCUGUUGAAGUUGCCACUGAGGCGAUGGAGAAAUAUCACAUUGAGAAGUUUGAUUCGCGCAAGGGAGCGACAUGGCAUUGCGUCGUAGGAAGAAACUUUGGCAGCUUCGUUACACAUGAGACGAAGCACUUCAUUUACUUCUACCUCGGACACUGCGCCAUCCUCCUCUUCAAGACACAAUAA